AUGGCGCAACCCAAGGUUAGUGAGACGUUGCUUGACGGACAACAGCCCUUUGCCGAGUGCGAAUUUGGCCUGGACCACCGUCUUACGAAGGCAGUAGCCAAGAUGCGCUUUGUGUACGCCACACUGGUGCAAGUGCAUUGCAUUCCGCUAGCUUUGCAAGGCAAAGACCUGCUGGUCCGCGCCCGCACGGGCUCUGGUAAGACGGCAGCUUUUGCAUUGCCUCUUCUGCAUAAGAUUUUGCAGCACAAGAAAGAUAAACCUAUCAUCAGCGAUCCAUCUAUCGGAGCACUAGUAUUGGUGCCUACAAAGGAGUUGGUGGAGCAGACACGGCGCCAUAUGGUGGAUCUCAUGUACUAUUGCCAAGACACGGUGAGUCUACUCGCACUUGGUGGGCAAAGCAUCAAUGCGCAGCAGGCACUGCUACGUGAUGCUCCUGAUGUGCUUAUAUCAACUCCUGGACGCCUUGUCGUGCAUUUAGAGGCUGGUAAUCUUACUCUUAAAAACUCGGUGCACACCGUCGUCAUCGAUGAGGCGGAUCUGGUACUCUCAUUUGGAUACGGUGAGAAUAUCCGCACAAUAUUUAAUGCUCUACCUAAGGCGUGCCAGACGUUCUGCAUGUCGGCAACGCUAAGCCCAGAACUGGAGAAACUUAAGCGUUCGGUGCUACACAAUCCCGCAGUUGUCAAGCUUGAGGAAGGAGCAACGGACGGAAAGAUUCAACAAUUUUAUUUACCAGUGAAAGCAGAAGAUAAGGACCUACUUCUGUACGCAUUGUUGCGACUUGGUGUCGUGAGUGGGAAGGUCAUUUUCUUUGUAAAUUCGACAGAUUUAGCAUAUCGUAUGAAGCUUUUUUUUGAACAGUUUAUGAUAAAAAGUGCAGUGUUGAACGCAAAGUUGCCGCACAAUUCGCGCCAGCACAUUAUCCAGGAAUAUAAUCGCGGUCUUUUUGACUACCUGAUUGCCACGGACGAUAGUGUAGAUGGUGAUGAAGUUGGUGACAAGGAUGAAGACGAGGUAGGAGAAGAAAAGGGCGUGGAAGUUGAAGAUGAAGAAGACGUGGAAGGGGAAGAAGAUGACGUGGAAGGAAAAGAAGAUGACGUGGAAGGAGAAGUAGUAGAACACCAUGGAGAAGACGAAGAAGGAGACAUGGUGGAAGAGCAAAGAAAAGAUGAGAAAGACGAUGGUGUAAUAUUUGAUGCUGCGUAUACUUCUGCCGAGAAAAUAGAUAAGCAUAAUGAUUCUGACCAAGAUUCCGAAAUAGCGAUCGUUGACACCACAGGUGCUGAUGAAGAAGAGGCUUCAGAAAAUGAAGUAAAAGAUGGCGACGACGACCAAAAGAAGAAAAAAGUUGUAGGCACAAAGCGUGGGCUUUCUGACGAUUCAAGUUAUGGUGUAUCUCGAGGUGUUGACUUUCGCGGUGUUCAAUUUGUUGUUAACGUUGACUUUCCAAAGAGCGUGCGUGCAUAUACCCAUCGUAUCGGACGGACUGCGCGCGGUGGUGCAUCCGGCACGGCGUUGUCUCUUGUGUCCAAAGGGGAUGCUAAGGAAGAGCGUGCACUGAUGCGUGUUCAAGCUACACAGCAGGCCGUUCGCUCUGAAACCAACGAUGUGAUUGCACAGCCUGCCGAGUUAGCAUUUGACCUUAAGGAAAUCGACUGUUUUCGCUAUCGAGUCGAAGACGUUCGUCGAGCUGUCACGCGCUCAGCUGUGCGCGAGGCUCAAUUGGCUGACGUCAAGAAGGAAAUGCUAAACUCCGAGCGCCUGGCAGCACAUUUUGAAGCUAACCCGCGUGAUCUUAAUAUACUGGAGCAUGACAAGGUGGUAGGCUCUGCACCUGUGCAGCCUCAUCUUGCGACUAUCCCCGACUAUUUGGUGCCAAUCGAGCUGCAGCCGCCAGCACCUGCGCGCAUGAAGAAGAAACACGGCAAGCACAAUAAGCGACAGCGUCUCACCGAGGGCAAGCGUCGAAUAGACAAUGAUCCGUUGCACACGUUCGUGGCUCCUGACGCUGAAGACACGAAACAGACUGUUGAAGACCGUAUUAGCUAUGGCAACACUGGCGUGGGCAAGAGUACUGCUGGUCGUCAGAAGUGGAAGAAGCAGCACCGCAAAGGUCAUUUUAACCCCAAAACAAUUGCCAAAAAGAAAUUCAAAAUGACCAAAGGCGCUUCUCACUAA